AUGGGAUUCACAGACUUUGUCAACGAUGCUGGUCUUACCAGUAAGCUUUUCCCCGCCACGAUAGAGAUAGAUAAUCUCGAUGCUCAACAACUGUUGGAGACUCGUUCAUACAUCGUUGGAUACUCCCCAAGCCAAGCUGAUGUAGCCGUCUUCAAGGCUCAGCAAUCCGCCCCAGAUGCCGCAAAAUUCCCCCACGCUGCUAGAUGGUACAAGCACAUCAACUCCUGGACCGAGGAAUUCGGUACCCUCCCAGGUGAUGCUUCCAAGGAAUACACUUCAUAUGGCCCAGAUAAGACCGAGGCUACCUUGAACCCAGCAAAGGCCCCAGCUGCCGAGGAAGAGGAUGAUGAUGAGGUCGAUCUUUUCGGAAGUGAUGACGAGGAAGAAGAUGCGGAGGCUCUCAGAAUCAAGGAGGAGCGUUUGGCCGAGUACAAGAAGAAGAAGGAGGGCAAGACCAAGCCUGCUGCCAAGUCUGUCGUCACAAUGGAUGUCAAGCCAUGGGAUGAUGAGACCGACAUGGCAGCAUUGGAGGCUGCUGUUCGUGGCAUCGAGAAGGAUGGUCUCGUUUGGGGUGCUUCUAAACUUGUUGCUGUUGGUUUCGGUAUCAAGAAGUUGCAGAUCAACUUGAUCAUUGAGGAUGACAAGAUUGGUCUUGAUGAUUUGCAAGAGGAGAUUGCUGAGUUCGAGGACUAUGUCCAAUCGUCCGAUAUUGCUGCCAUGCAAAAGCUAUAA